AUGUUUUUUCCUUGCUCUGAUGUGUCUCGGGAUAAUAUUACUUCAAACAUAUGCUUACAAUAAAAAGAUUUAGAAAGAUUUGCUUUCGAAAUAAGAACAUUAACAUUGAGAUAAUUGAAAGAGACUAUAGAAGAAAUAUAUAAUUCAAAAGAAAAUUUUGAUAAAAAAUAUUAAGAAGCAUAACUACCAAGAGAAACAAUGGAGUAACACAUGUAUUCUUUUCUUAAUUAAAAAUAUGGACUCAAAAAUAUAAUAAUUGAGUGGGCUACUGCUAUAAUAAAUGGAGUAAGAAAAUAUUCUAAAGAAUAUAAUGAUAUUGCAGUUUUUGGAAAAAUAUUAAGAAACGAAUGUGAUGAAGAAUUUAGGUUUGUUUAAAAGUAAGUUAAGAAGACUACAAAAGACUUAUUAAAUAUGUAUUUAAAAGGAAAAUAUCCAUAUAAAAACACAUAAGAAAUAAAACAAAUGUUAGAAUAAAAAAUUUAAGGAUGGAUUUUUGCUGAAGAAUGUAUUGAUAUUAUUAAUUAUAUGUAUAAUAAAGAGGAUGCGGAAAUUCUUAUAGAAAAUUUAAAAUAUAAUUAUAAAUAUGGCAAAAAUAAUAUAUUAUUACAAAAAAAAAAUCUUACAAAGGAAGAAUUUGAAAAAUUAAAAUAAGAAAAAAGCUAAGCUAAAAUUGAAUUUUAUUUAUUUCAAAAUAUUAUUCUAGACUAUUAAUUGAAAUGCCAUGAAGCACAUUUAAAUAAUUUUGUUUUAUUGUUUAGAUAAGUUGAUAGAGAUUAAAAUGGAGUUAUAAACGAGAAUGAAUUUAAUGAAUUAUUAUUUAAAAUGGGAAUAUUAAAAGAUGAACUUGAUUUAUAAAAUUUGCUCAAUUAAAUUGAUCCAUUUAAUAAAUAAUAAGUUACUUUUUCAUAAUGUAUAACACUUUUUUCAUAAGUAAAUUUUAAUAAAUAUAUAGUACUUUUUUUUAAAAUCUAUAUUUUGAUUAAUUAGGAACAAAUAACUGAUGAAUUUGGAAAUAAAAUGUCAUAUAUAUAAAAAAUAUAAAAUAACAUAAUAUGA